AUGUCCCCUCUCCCUCACCCAGAGCUACACGUCCCUCACUGCCCCAAGGAGUUCUGGCUGACCUACCACCAAAUAUCUAGGUGCAACCGCCCAUCCACUGCACAACUCAUCGAGCUAGAAUUCAAGAAUCAGAAGCUGACCGACUUAGAGAGCCUUCUCGAUCACGUUUUCCAGCAGGGAUUCGUCGAUAAUAAAUAUAGAACCUCCACUUGGUGGGAACGUCGGGAUGGAAGUCGUGUCAAGUCGAGCUUAGCCAUCGAGGAGUUGUUCAAGCAGGGCGUCGGCAAGUGUCAAGAUAGUGCCCUUCGCCUAGUCAUUGCGGACAUGCCUCCCGCUUUGUGGUUCACCUACAACUAUGUGAACAGUCCAACGGGACACGUCGUUGCUCAGCGCAUCAAGUUCGACGCAGCGCAAGUCAACGGGGCGCCCUUCGAAAAGCUCGCCCACGUCACCAACCAUAUUUUCAGGCAAGGAUAUCUUCCAGCGAAGUUCCGCAGCCUAGUCCAUUGGGAAGGCAGCUGCGGCAAGAGGCUUUCGGAGGGUAGCUCGUUCCCUGAGGUGUUUGCGGAGGGCUUUGGUGCUACCGAAGAGCGUCCCCUUCGCCUUGUCAUUGGUAAGAAGAUUCAACUCAACCAGCGAAUAUGA